CUUGGGCGCAUGACGUCGCGUCGCAGUGCAGUCAGUGGUGGCUGCCCCGAGGUGACGCCCGGGGGGGCCGGACAGGCCGAGGUGGAUACCGGCCAUGGGGGAGAUGAGAUGCAGAGGAGGGAGAGAGAGGGAGACUAGAAGAAGCAAGACUUCCUCCCUUUCUAUUCCUACAAUCUCACCCACAACAUACCAUAGUAGUCCAUUCCAUCCACACUCACCCACGACCCACCACCCACCAUGUCCUUCCUCACCUCAACCAACGCACCCAACCUCUCCCUCUACUCCCUCCCCGGCAUGCUCCUCAUUGCCGCCUGUCCACACUGGUGGUCUAUUCAUCAAUGUCUUACAAAGAAGAUCAAUGGAGGUUGGAAGAAUGACAAUCCUAGAUUGUUUGUAGCUCAAUUGCAAUUCAAGAGUGCUAGUGGAAAGAAGUUGAGUGAAAUGGAGAAAAAGGUACUUAGGGCGCAGGGAGCGCAACAGAAUGGCUUCGAAUGGUUCGGCUUCUGGGCAGCAGCCGUGCUCGCAGGCAAUCUCGCCCACCUCCCCUCCGACGAGCUAAACCGCAUGGCCGUCCUCUUCCUCUUCUCCCGCAUCCUAUACAACUUUGCCUACAUCUACUUCGAAGGAUUCUGGCCUUCACUCGGUAGAACGGCCGUCUUCCAGGUUGGAAUCCUG